UCAACAUUACAUAAACUCUCUCUCUCUCUCUCUUCUCCAACACCACCUCUCCUCCUCUCCGUCAAUCUCCAUACAUCGCUCUCCUAUCGUUAGGGUUUCGUUUUCUCUCUCUAGAACAAAGGUCAGGCUUCUUCGUUUUCCCUCUCUAGAAUUCCGCACUGGUAGACGAAUGAACAGUCUAUAAUGGCGACUGCUCCGGUGAAGUCUCAACCUCUGCACAAUUUCUCUCUUCCGUUCCUGAAAUGGGGCCACAAGAACCACAUGAACACCAACCAUCGCUACCGUAGGCAGCCGUGUGAGUCGACUCGCGAGUCCACGCCGCCGCCGCCUGCUGCCGACCACCACAACCACCGAUCGUCGCCUUCCGAGCAUGACUCCGACGGCGGUUCCAGGAAUGAGUCGGAGACCGAUAAGCGGAGAUCGCGAACGGUUCGGAACUCCUUCUCAUUCUCGUCCUGCUCAACGCAGAAACAUCAAGCUAUUGAGGCCUCCGGUUUAGAGAGAGAGAGCGACGGAGGUGAUGUGGAGAGAGAGAAGGUCUGCGAUGAGGUCGAUGUCGAGGAAUCGACGGCGAAGCCGUGGAAUCUGAGGCCUAGGAAGGCUGGUGUGAAGUUCGCGAGUGAGAUUGGAAGGGUUUCGAAGAACGGAGAGUUGCCGGAAACGAGUCCUGUGGUUCAGCUGACUGACAAUAUGCCGAAAUCGAUGAGAUUGAGGGGUUUUGUGGAAGGUCAUACCUCUGAGAAGAAGGAGAAGAGGAAGUUCUGGAUCUCGCUCUCUCGUGACGAGAUUGAAGAAGAUGUGUAUUCGAUGACUGGAUCGAGGCCGCCUCGGAGGCCGAAGAAGAGACCCAAGAAUGUGCAGAAGCAACUCGAUAAUGUUUUCCCUGGCUUGUAUUUGGCUGGGGUUUCGGCGGAUGCUUAUCGAGUUUAUGAUGCUAUGAGAUAGAUAUUUGUACACCCAAUAUUGCAAAAUUCUCAAUACGCAGGCAAAGAGGGAAAAAUUAUGGAUCUUGGAAGCAUUUGGAGGUUGGAAGAGCUUGGUUCUGCUACAUUGAGAUCUCAAUUGGAGGUAUAAUGUACUGAAUUGUGUGAAGAGGAAAAGGGAGAACCGAAAUAGAAAGAUGUCUAAUUUACUAUCUUCUGAUUUGUAUUGCAAAUUGGUGCCUCUUAUUGGGGUACAGUAUAGUAGUUUUACUUGUUUGUAGUUGAAGAUGUUAGCAUGAACAUGAACAUGGAUGAAUAGAUAAUUCAGAUGUUUUCGAUUCAAUUGCUA